UUUAGUCCCCGCAAAAGACUGAAGUCGCAUACUGCACUGAUAUGAGAGCAGACCCGCACGGAAUAGAGCCGCUUUUGGAUGUACACAGGAGAGAUGGUAAAAGACAGCAGCGUGAUGACAAAUGUGUGCUGUUCUAUCGUGUCUUUGUCGUCAUUCUCCUGCUGUCUAUUCUUGGAUUACUUGUAGCAGAUGUGCUGCAUCGUUAUACAACAGACGAAGGAAGCAGCUCGCAGUGUGCUAAUCAACCCGUCUACAGCAAUCCUGUCGUGCCUUCACUGAAACAGAAAUUACCAGAGGCUUGUGGUCAUCUAAGCGCCAUACCUCCUCUGAGUGACGACUCAUAUGAACUAAAACAAGUUCAAGUUAUUAUUCGUCAUGGCGACAGGGUACAAUGGCAGCCAAAGAAAUGCUGGUCAAGCAGUACUUCUGUAUGGAACUGCUCAAUUUCAAUGACCUCAACUCCAAGCUUCAAUCGAACAACUACGACGAUGGAUGCUUUUAGGCUUUUCAGACAUAAAUUUGAAUAUGGAGUUGAGCCAAUUCUUGGAGACUGUUACGUUGGCCAGUUGACACUUAGAGGUUACGAACAACAGAUUCAAAACGGAAUGAAUCUGAGAAAGGCGUACAUCAAUUCUGGCUUUUUGGGAUCUUCGUUCAAUAGUUCAGACGUUUACAUCAGAUCAGAUGAUGAACCUCGGACAUUGCAGUCAGUUGAAGCCGUUAUAAAUGGCAUGUAUCCUCCAUCUACGUUAAAAGGAAAAGAAGUUGAGGUGAUAGAUAUUAACACCAGAGACAUGAAUGUGGAGAUCAUGGAUUCUAAUCCUACACUUUGUCCAAUUGUUGAUAAGUACGAAGCUGCACUAAAAAACAGCUCAGAGGUUACUGCGCGUGUACAGAAAGUGGUCAUGCCCUUGUUGCGUCAACUCGAUUCUCUAUUGAAAAGAAAUCUGACUUCUGAUGAUCUGGAUGCUUUGGCGGAUUGUAUGACUGUCUACACUUGUCACGGCCAGCCAUUGCCUGCUGGUGUAACUACUGAUAUUUUUCAACGGGUGUUACAUGAGGUCACAUGGUUUAUUACGCACUUGUAUUCAUACCCAUCAGUAGAAAACGGCACCAAAGCAAAUAUUGGCUUUUUAAUCAAGAGUUUGUUUGAUAGAUUGGAGGGCAAAGUUGAAGGGAAAGAUCAUACGAAGUUUAUUAUUUAUUCCGGUCACGAUACAACACUGCUUCCAUUGUUGGUGUCAUUCCAACUGGAUAUCAACGAUAUUGCAUGGCCACCGUAUGCAUCUCUGAUGGCAAUCGAGCUGUACCGAUCAAAACAGCGUGGAAAUUAUGCUGUGAGGGUUGUCUACAACGGUCAAACGUUGCAGUUACCAUUCUGUAAUGGCAAAGGUGACAGUACUUCAAUGUUGUGUGAGUGGGAAGUUUUCAAAGAACACUUGCAGAACUUGAUACCGGAUAAGGAAUUUUGUGAUGGACAUCUUGAAAUGAAUCCCGUUUUACAAGAGUUCUAACAUGUGUGACUGGUGUGAAUUCAUAUGUGUAUGAUUAUAGUUGUUUCUAAUGCAUCUUUUAUCAAGAACAA